UUCAAUUUUAAAACCCUAGUUCUACUUUCCCUCCCAAAAGCCACCACCAAUCCAUUUGUAAAAAUGUCCAAGUCAAACACCAUUGUCAACACCCCUCUCCGUAGAUCUGCUAGGCUUCUUCAUCUCCACAAAGCCCCACCGCCAGAACCGCAAGAUCCGAACACCCUCAACUCCAUAUUCACAGUCAGUCGUCGACGCUCCGCCAGAUUCGAUUCUACACUAAAAACCCAGACCCUCGAAAUAAAAGUUUCGAAAGAGCACUAUCGACCGAGUGGUGGGUCCAGAGAACCUCCAAGAUUGAAUGAUGGGUUUGUCUCUUCACAGACUCUUAGGCGGUCCCCAAGAUUUUGUAAUCAGCCAGUCGUUGAACAACUUGUCAGGAAGACCGGAAAUGAAAAGGCGAAGAGGAAAUCCAGUGAAGCCAAAGUUAAUAAAAGUAAAAGAAAAAUUGAAGCGGGAGUGAAAUUGUGUGAGGAAAUUGAGGUGCCUAGGAUCAGUAUUGUUCUUGGUUUGAAGGCGUUUAGAGCUGCUGGAAUUGAGAUGAAGAAGAGAGAAGUUGGAAAAGAAAAUCAUUUGAUUAAUGAUAAGAGAAAAAGGAAGCAUGGUGAGGAAGGUACAAAGAGUAGUAAAAUAAGAAUUGAAGGGUGGACAAAAGAGCAAGAGGUGGCAUUGCAGAGAGCUUAUUUUGCUACUAAGCCUACUCCUCACUUCUGGAAGAAGGUUUCUAAGCUGGUGCCUGGAAAGUCAAUACAAGAGUGUUUUGAUAAGGUCCACUCUGACCAUCUAACCCCAGCUCAGCCUCGGCCUCAGUCUAGGGCAAACAAAUUAAACUCAUCACCCAUUGAACACUUUUCGCUCUCUGCGAGUAAACUGCUUAAUCCUGUUCAACCAAAGAUUAAAAGGUCAAGUUGCAAUAAAAAGAAGAGUCAUCUUACCCAGAAAACAGUCAGACAUUUGUUACAAAAGAAUUGCCAUAUAGACAAAGAUUAUAAAGCAGAUCUAUUCUCAGUCUUUGAGCCAAACAUUAAUACAUCUAUUCAAGUUUGUCAGCAGAAUGGUUUUCUUUCCACCCCAAAGCAUUUGCAGAAAAACCAGGAAUUUCUUCAAAAAUACCUAGAGAGAUCUUCUGGAUCUGGAAAGAAGCCCCUUUCAAGAUUUAGUAGUUCUUGUGGGACAGCUCUUAUUAGUCCACCAGUUUUGAAGCAGGUGAAAAACAUUGCACUACAUGAGAAGUAUAUCGAUCAAUUGCAUAGCCGGGAAGCUAAGAGAAAGGCUGCAUCAGUAAGGGCAGACCAAACCAUUACUGGGAAGGAGAAUAAAAGGGAGAUCUAUGGUAAUGAAGUCGAUGUUGUCAAAGCAGCAAAAAUAGCCCUAAUUACUGAUGCAAAAAAUGCCAUUAAUCAGUUCCAACAUCUCCAAGCGGAUUCCACAAGAACAUCUUCUGAUUUUGAUUGUGAUGGUGUCAGCUGUGAUGAUGAUGAAGGAAAACCCUAAAACCGACUUGGUCAGAUACAAGGCCGACUUAAGAUGGAAGAUGAAAUUAGAUAUAGAAGUUUUUUGUUUCCUGUACAGAAAUACUUCUCUUCAUUUGGCUGUCCGACGAAAUAAAUGAACACAAAAUAAAGGGUAAAUAAAAGGGAAUUCCAUGCAUAGAAGAAUUAAUUUGUGACAAAUAUGAUAUGUUGUAAUUUCAUUUGAA